CUUAAAUAUUAUUAGCGGCUCUCUUUCUCCUACAUUUAUGAUGAUUUACUGUUCUUAUAUGCUACUUUCCACACUGACUCCCAAUUCUGUCAUCCGGCACGCAGCCUGAUCGCUUUACCGGCAGUCAAUUGCUGCUAUCGUGGGGUCUCGUGGGGUCAUUCGUUGUGUGACGCUGAUGCUGAUAAGUGGAUUUUCGGAUCAAUCAAGAUAUCAGCAACCAACUCUGCUUGAGCCUUCUUGAAUAGUUCUUUCUCUUUACUGUAUCUUUUGUAUGGUAUUUUUCAGAUUAUAUUAUAUAGAAAACGUCUAUCCUUCAUUGAGGUCUGGACGUAGUCAAAAUGGCCCCGACUUAUACGCUCUAUCAUGGCACGUUCAUCCAACUACCCCGACUCGUCAGGCCAUCUGGGGAGAGGUAUACUCUCGAGACUAAUACUGGUGCUUUGUGGGUGUUGAAUGAAAGCGGCCGGAUCGAGGGGUUUGAUUGGAGUGUUGGAAGCGACGAAUACGGACUCAACAAGAUCGUUGAGAAGAACGGGUGGAUCGUGGUGCCAGAGGGCACAGCCACAAAUGGGACGACGUAUCCAGAUGGCAACGAAAACCCGACUGUUGUGAUUAUCAGAGGUGGUCGGGAGGGGAGGAAUGGGUUCUUUUUCCCGGGGUUUAUAGACACCCAUAUCCAUGCAUCUCAAUACCCGAAUGCUGGUAUAUUUGGCUCCUCGACACUUUUAGAUUGGUUGAAAAAGUAUACCUUCCCUAUGGAAAAAUCCUUUGCGGAGGGUGAAAAUUCUGAUGUUGCGCCGCCAAAAGCGCAUACGGUUUACAACCGCGUCAUCUCUCGGACGCUUUCUUAUGGAACGACUACAGCGGCUUACUACGCAACGAUACACGUACCAGCAACAUGUCUACUAGCUUCACUAUGCCAGCAGCGCGGACAACGCGCUUUCAUUGGCCGCGUGUGUAUGGACAAUCCCGCGUUUUGCCCCGACGAUUACCAAGAUGCGUCGAGCGACGAGUCUAUCGACGCCAUGCAGAAGGUCAUCGAUUAUGUGCAGCACAUCGACCCCAAAGCAAAACUCGUCGCCCCCAUCGUCACGCCCCGAUUUGCCCCGACCUGUUCUCACACAGCCCUAACCGGCCUGGGGAAGCUCGCCGCAUCGUAUACCCCGCCGCUGCAUAUCCAGACGCAUAUUUCAGAAAAUAAGAAUGAGGUUGCGUUGGUGAAGGAGUUGUUCCCGGGGUCAAGCUACGCGCAGGUCUAUGAUGAUAAGGGGCUCUUGACGCCCCGCACAAUCCUUGCGCACGCGGUCUAUUUGAGCGCCGAAGAGCGCGCUUUGGUCAAGGCCCGUGAGGCCAAGGUGUCGCACUGCCCGGCAUCGAAUAGCGCACUUGGAUCUGGCAUUUGCCCGGUACGCACGCUUUUAGAUGAUGGAAUCACAGUCGGCUUGGGCACGGAUGUCAGCGGCGGGUACUCGCCCAGCAUCCUCGAAGCAACUCGUCAAGCGUGCCUCGUGUCGCGGCUGCUCUCCUCGCAAACGCCCGAGAAUAAUGGUCGCGAGACCCUGUCUGUUGAGGAAGCACUGUACCUGGCAACCCGAGGGGGCGCUCAGGUAAUUGACAUGGCCGAUCAGAUAGGCGGGUUUGAGAAGGGAAUGCUGUUCGACGCUCAGUUGAUUGAGCUUGGGCGUGGAGUUGGCGAGGGUGAUGACCAAGACGGUCUGGUCGAUCAAGGAGGCGAGGAUGCUGGUGGCAUAGACUUGUUUGGGUGGGAGAGCUGGGAGGAGAAGAUUGCGAAGUGGGUGUGGAGUGGAGAUGAUCGUAAUGUUAAGGCUGUUUGGGUUGGGGGGAGAAUGGUCCAUAAGAGGGCUAAUAUAUAAGUGCUUAUUCAUUAUACGUAGUUGACGCAUUGCCAUUUGUGGUAUAGACAUAGAAUUGGAUCCUCGGUUCUUUGCAUUAUUAUUCUGAG